CUAAAAAAAGCAGCUCCUUGUAUUAAUUACCUAUAAAUACACAAAAUCUGAUUGCAAUUUCAUGGUUUUGUAGCUCGGAUCCUGUCUCAAUUUCAGAUUUCCAGCCUUUCUCAGGCAGUUCGUUUCCUUCUUCUACUUCUUCUUUUUUACUGUAGGAUAUCUUCAGCAAUUUAUUUAUCAAUCCAUCAGUCAGUCAAUCAAUCGAGAUCAUGGAUGAAGAGGGUUGCAAAGUAAUAGUAUCAUCAUCAUCAUCAACAAAGAAACGAAGUGAACGCAAGUCUCCACCAUUGCCAAAGGCAGCACCUUGGCUUGUCUUUCCUUAUAAAGCAAAAGGUAACAAACUAAAUCAAGUUUUCUAUAAUAUUUGUGAACCCAAUAACAGAACCUGUAGAAAAUUCAUACCUGAAUUGAGUGGAAAAUCUUAUUGGCAAAAGCAUUCUCAUCAAGGCUGGCUAGUUGUUAUUUGUCAUCAUCCAGGAUACAACUACGCCCCCAACUGGGAUUUUGGUGAUUGUUUUCUAUUGAAUCCUGCAUCGUUAGAGACCAUUGCAUUGCCUAGUUUACUACCUUGGUGUCAAGACCCAGAUAAAUAUGAACUGUUAGACUGUGUUUUGUCAUCCGCUCCUACAACUAGUACUAGUACAAUUGAUAAUGCUGAUGAGCCAGUGGUUUUAUUCCUAUAUCUUCACUGGGGUAUAGAUGGAGAUGAUAGUGAUAGGUUUUUGGUGUUUUCUCACCCUGGAGACGAGCAAUGGAGAACAAAAAGUGCUUAUGGUAGUUCUCUAUGUGUGUUAAAAGAUAAGUUAUAUCUUAUGUGUAUAUUUGGUAAUUACCUAGAGAUUGAUAAGGGAAAGCUAUGGGAUGACAAUGACGAUUCCAUCGAUUUAAUUCCAUACGAGAUGACUAACGACGUUUAUUCUUUGAUAAGGCAUGAUGACCAUAUUGAUGGCAGAGAUUUUUAUGUGGAAUCUUCUGAUGAACUCUUCAAGGUUAUUAUAAAUUACAAUAGAAGACAAAACAUGAAGGUAUUCAACUCAGUAUAUGUAUUGAGGUUGGAUUUCUCUUCAAAGGAGUGGAAGGUGGUCACUUGUUUGGGAGAUCAUGUUCUGUUUGUCGGCACAAACACCAGAGCUUGUUGCUCGGCGUCCAAAAUGGGACUCGCUACUGGUUGUCUGUAUUACACACUUAGAGAAGAUCAAGCUCUAUACAAAUAUGAAGUACAAAGUAGCGGUAACUCUGUUAUUUUGCCAUGUUUAAAACUGCCAAAUCCAUGGUUCCGAUCAGAUUGGAUCAUGAUUCUUCAUGAACGUCAACAAAAGGAAGAAAAGGGAGUUUGCUUGGGGAAGGCAGUGGAGAAGGAUUUAAGUUUAAUUGUUUGCGAAAAGAAUGAGAAUAAGGACGGAGAAUGUGAAGAAAUAAGUCAUUGGGAUAUUCUUAAAGCUGUUCUUUUACGGUGUUUACCACGGUUCUCAUCAUAUUGGAUGGGGAAGAAUGAAAAGGACGGAGGAUUUGAAGAAACAAGUCCUUGGGAUAUUCUUGAUGCUGAUUCAAAAGAAUUGGUAGCACAAUAUCUUCAUCCAUUGGAUUACGUGCAUUUUCGUUCAGUCUCUAAAGCAAUUCGAGCAAUGAUGCCUGUAACGAAGCCGGCAUUCACAAAAACUAGUAUCACGAAGACCAUUUAUUUAUUUCCAUGGCUGGUGUUUUGUAGAGAUAACAACGACACCGUCUACAAUUUCGUAACCCCUGGGCAUAAUAGUGAGAACUAUCUCAUAAAGUUUCCCGAGUUGCUACUUGGUGCUGCUAUCUGUUUUCAAAAGGGCGGCUGGCUAUUAAUGUCAAGAGAGGAAAUGUUAUUCUUCUACAAUCCAUUCACAAGGGAAACCAUCAAUGUUCCUCACGUGCCGGGGCAUUAUUUCUAUUCUAGCAUUUGCUUUUCUUCGUUGCCAACUUCCGCAGACUGUACAGUUUUCGCCAUUGAUCAAAGUGAGGGAAGUACAAUCACCGUCUACUCCAUUACCAGAGGAAAACAGGUUUGGGAUAUUUUCAGCUUUAAUAAUGCCAUCCAGUAUAUGCCAUUGUGUAAUCCUCCAAUUUUACAUCGUGGGGCUUUCUAUUGCGUAGACUAUAAUGGACUUUUAGGAGCAUUUAAAUUAGAGGAUAAUACCUGGGAAGUUCUAGGAAUGCCCCGUGAUAGAUAUAAUGAUACAUAUCCGUAUCCAAGUUUCCUGGUGGAGAGUGGAGACGAUCUUUUAUUAGUGAAACUAGGAUGUCAAGAAAAGCUGGUUAGAAUCUUUAAAUUGAAUUUCCCUGGUAUGGACUGGGUUGCAGUUGAAAGUUUGGGACAGCAUAUGCUGUUCAUCAGCCACACCUCUUGUUUCUCAUCCAUCGCUCCAAGUAGUCGAAUGGAGAACAAAGUAUAUCUCCCUAGACUAUGUUUCAAUGGAGAAGGGAUUCUAUUUUAUUCACUUGAAACUGGUAGGUAUGACUCUUUUGGGGGUCGGCAUUCUUCUAAGAAUUUAUGUGAGACAGAGGGCUGGCGUACAAACUGCACCUGGGUUGAAUCUAAUUGGUGCAAGUUCACUCCUCAAGAGCUCAACUGGCUCGAGCCUCCUUUUUGAUAUUUUGGUGUGUAGUUUAUCUUCUUCUACAGGUGGAACACAACUUAUGAUCUCCAGAUUUUAAAGACUGUUGGUAUGAAGAGUAGAUGUGUUCAAAGUUGGCAUGUGAUUAACUGUAAAUUUUGUCUGCCUCGUCAUCCCAAAGUGCUUAUGUUUUGUGAUGGAGCUUCUAAAGGAAAUCCAGGGGAUGCUGGUUAUGGGUUCAUUGCUAGAAGCAGUGAUGGAGAAUUUUUUAUUGCAGAAUCAGGUGUAUAGGAAUUGCCACUGGUUUUUUUUUGCAGAAGUGAUGGCUGUUCUUUGUGCAGGAGAAUGGGUGGUUUUCAGAUCCGAUUCUAGUUCAGUCCUUAAAGCUUUCGUAACUGGCAAGGUCCCUUGGUUUGCAGUUACUAGGUGGAAUAUGAUCUGUAACAACUUGACACACAUGGAGUUUGUUCAUAGUUUCAGACAAAUCAAUUUUUCUGCUGGCAAACCGGUGAAAAGAGGAGCAGUUUGAGGAGGGGGAUAGUAAUUGUACAUAAUAAUAAAUCUACCUUCCUUGCAAGCCUGGGGCCGGCCUCCAAGUCAAGUUCACUACAGAUCCUGUUGAGUCUGCCUUUUCAGUUUGUUUUGGUUCUUUUUUAGUUCAGUUUUGUCCUGGUUUUGGCUUCCCUUUUCUGGGGUUUCUUUUCUUUUUACUUCUUAGUUUUGCAGCUUUUUGUAUAAACUUUUGCCACCUUUUGGUAUUAAUGCAAA